AUGGCUUGUCAAAUACCAUUAAAAUAUUUUCCAAUUCGAUCAGAUGUUCCUAUAAAAGAUGAAAUAUAUAAAAAUAAAUUAAUAUUUAUAACCGGAGGAGGAACGGGUCUUGGAAAAUCAAUGUCAUAUACAUUUUCUCAAUUAGGUGGAAUUGUAAUUAUUGCCUCAAGAAAGUUGGAUGUUUUGGAGAAAACAGCUGCCGAAAUUAGUAAAGUUACAGGAAAUAAAGUUAUUCCUAUACAAAUAGAUAUACGAUGUCAAAAAAGUGUAAAAGAAGGUAUUGAUAAAAUUGAAAAGAUGUUUGAAAGAUUACCGGAUGUUGUUAUAAAUAAUGCAACAGGAAAUUUUAUUUCACCAACUGAGAGAUUAUCCUCAAAUGCCAUAAGAACAAUUGUUGAUAUUGUUCUUUUAGGUACUGUUAAUGUGACACUUGAAAUAGGAAAAAGAAUUAUUAAAUCAAAUAAAAAUGGAUGUGUUUUUGCUUUUGUUUCUGCUUUGUAUGCCACAAGUACAGCAGAAUUUUGUGUUCCAUCAGGUAUGGCAAAAGCAGGUAUUGAAAAUCUUUCAAGAAGUUUAGCAUCUGAAUGGGGAAAAUAUGGUAUGAGAUUUAAUGUUAUUUCUCCUGGUCCAAUACCUACAGAUGGUGCUUUUGGAAAUUUAUCAUUUUUAUCAAAAGAAGAAACUAUUGAGAUGGCAAGUAAAAGAACUCCAAUUGGUAGAGUUGGAUCAAAAGAAGAAUUUGCAAAUUUGAUGGCUUAUAUAUGUAGUGAUUAUUGUUCAUAUAUGAGUGGUGCUUACAUUGCUUUUGAUGGAGCAUCACAUUUAUUUGGAUCUGGAAGUAGUAUAAGUGCCGGAGAAUUACAUAAAGUAUCAAAUAAUGAAUGGAAUACAGUUGAAGAAAUAAUAAAAUCUAGAAGUUUAAAAAACAAAGUUUAG